AGCCACUUUGGCCCAGGGGGUGGCCGAGAGACCCCCCCGCCCCCUCCCCGAUGGCAUGGCCCACGGCGGGCGCUCCGCCGCCCUCGGCACCGCGCCGUUUCGCCCGCGGACCGCCUCUCUGCGCUGCUGCGGCCUGCGGCUGCUGCAGCUCCUGGCGCCCGCGGCCUGCGCGCUCCUGGGGCUCGCGGCCCUGCUGCCGCCGCUGACGGGCUACGAGCUGCGGGCCGUGCCGGCUGGCGGCGCCGCCGCCGCCGGCGAGCUGAGCCUGCUGCCGCUGCUGGCGGGCUUCAGCGAACCUGGUGCCCGGGAGGGUGCCGACCCCGCGGAGGGUGGGCCGCAGACGCUGCCGGCGGGCGUCGUCUUGGUCAACGACUCCGUGAUGGAGGUGUUGACUCGGGAGGCGGCCUGGCUCCCACCAGAUGAGAUUCCUAAGUGGAUCCACACUACGUGGGAGAGUUGGACUGGCCUCAGUGCCGAUGAGAGGCGGGCGGCUGGUCGCUGGGUAGAGCUGAAUCCAGGCUGGCGCUACUAUUUCUGGGACGAUGGCGCCGUUCAGUAUUUUCUGGGGCAUCAGAUGUCGAGCUCUGAGGAGAGGGAUAUGCUGAACGAGAUGAAAAAGAUCGAGGUCAUGGACGUGUUUCGCUACGUCUUGAUGGAGCGCCUCGGUGGUCUGUACUGCGACAUAGAUGUGGAGCCAGUGUUACCGAUCGAACAAUGGACAGAUGUUGCCAGCCCGCGCCCACAGCUUGUCACUGGUUGGGAGUCUCGCUUCACCAACAGCAGUGAGAAGGAUCUUGUUGGGUUCGCUCGCAUGAGCCAGGUACAGCAGUGGCUUAUCAUGAGCGCCCCGCACCAUCCAGUUCUUAAAGACGUGCUGGUCAGAAUUAGCUCGCUUUUCAAAACGCACCUCACAGAGUUUGGAAUCAAACUUGGCACCCUGGAGCUCACCGGCCCAGGCCCGUGGACGGACGCCGUGCUGGCGCACGUCGCGCCGCAGGGCGAGUUGAGCCCGCCGGCCGGGCACGGCGAGGGCAGCGCGAACGAGGUGCACUACGACGGCCCAGGCUCCGUGUGGGUCCUCCCCAAGGAGUGCUUCGCGUGGAGUGGAUUCCCACCUGACGUUGGCAACGAGAGCGCGGUGCUGGCGAAGCACCACUUCAAGAUGUCUUGGCACACUUAGUCAUAGGAUGAACAAGUAUCGAUACCGCUACCCUUAUCUACACUUACAUCGUUUUCGACUGUUUGGAUCUCCGGAAUCCCUCGUCUCCGCGGCUGAAUUCGUCUCGACAUUCUGGACAGAACACACCCCAGGAGAUGUCUGGAGAGCAGGUAUCGACACCUUCUGGUUUCCCCACGUAGUGCGGCGCUGGUCGCCGCCGUCGUUGCGCGGAAGGCUCCUUUACCAGAGUGAGAGAAUGUAGUUCAAUUGAAACAGCAGGCGGGGAGGCCAACCUUUAUCAUCCCCUCCACACCAACGCGUAGCUCUCACAAUGUCGCAGUACUCUUUGACUGCUGUGUUCCAAUUUUUGGCGGGGCCUGUCAAUCAAUCUUCGAGUCUGGCGGGGUCGUCUCCUGCAACAUUCAUCGCACGAGAGUGUAAUUAUAUGGUCCAUUGAAGUUGCGGUCUUCCACUGUUUCUGGGUGUCGGCCGGUCUGGAGGCGCUCUGGCUUGUUUGCCAUAGUAUUGGAGUUGUCGGUGCAGUAAUGUGAUUGGCAACGGGCAGACUUGAGCCUGAGACCUCACAUGAACAUUGCUGACGCAAGGUAAGAAAGCCAGUGCUAUUUCCCACAUCCUCCGUAAGCAUUUUGUCAGGGUUGCGACCCCCUUCUCUCAAUUAGUAAAUGUGGGGUAACCAUGCCUGGCCGGGCCCUGGCCAGCCAUGCCAAUGGUGUGUUGGAGCUUUCUGCAGUGCCGUAGGCCAAUGUCUGAUGUCUGUGGACAUAUCGUAAUCCUUUUUGGGGGCCGCUGGAGACCUUCGGAAGUCCUCCGUGGGACGUCCAUGGACCUCUGGCUCCCCUGCGCCAGCCCAGCACGCUAGACAGGAGCUCCAUCCCCCUCCACCGUCGCUCUCAUCCCCGCUCCUC